AGUCACACUCAACCCUGUCUGUGUUCACACGGCCGUAACACAUCUCGACAAGAGGAACACAUAUGUGUAACUGCUGUUCAUUGACUACAGUUCAGCAUUCAACACUAUUGUUCCCUUCAAGCUCGACACCAAGCUCAGAACCCUGGGUCUGGACACCACCCUCUGCAACUGAAUCCUGGACUUCCUGACGGGCAGACCACAUGCUGUAAGGAUUGGCAACAGCACCUCUUAACACUGGGGUGCCCCAGGGGUGUCCUCAGUCCUCUGCUGUUCGCCCAUGACCGCGUGGCUUUGCACGUCACCAACUCCAUCAUAAAGUUUGCUGACGACACCACGGUUGUAGGCCUGAUAACCAACAGCGCCGAGUCAGCCUUUAGGGAGGAGGUAAGUGAAAUGGUGUUACGGUGUCAUGACGACAACAUGAGCAAAAGAAAGGAGUUGAUUGUUGACUUCAGAUAUCAGAUGAGGGAUAAUGUCCCAAUCUACAUCAAUGGGACUGUAGUAGAGAGAGUCACAAGUUUUAAUUUCCUUGGAGUCCACAUCACCAAGGACUUACUUGUCCUGGACCAACAACACCAUCACUCUUGUCAAGAGGGCGCAACAGCAUCUCUACUUCCUAAGACGGCUGGAUAAAUUCUGCAUGCUGCCCCGGGUUCUCUCCAAAUAAUACCACAGCAUUAUCGAGAGCGUACUAACUAGUUGCACCAUGGCCUGGUAAGGAAAUGUCUCCAUCCACGACCGCCAGGCCCUCCAGUGGGUGGUGAAGAUGGCCCAGUACAUCACUGGGACCGUGCUUCCACCCAUCCAGGACAUCUACUCGAAACGAAGGCUGAGGAAGGCACGCAGCAUUAUUAAGGAUCCCACAUACUCCAGCCACAAGCUGUUCUCUCCCUUACCGCCGGGCAGACGGUAUCGGAGAAUGAGACUGCUGAACAAGCCAUCAGACUGCUGAACACUUGAACUGGACUGGCCAGCUGCUCUGAUUCUCCCAACCUUUGCACAACUGACUGCUACCAGACUCUUAUUAUACUGCUCAAUUUAUACACUUGCCCCCCAUCCCCCUUUCCCCAAUACACAAGUAAAUAUUGUACUAUAAAUUGCCUUCCUGAAUUUUACUUAUGCUAAAAUGUUUAUUCUACUCAACUGCCAUUUGCUUUGAUCAUAUUCUUGUUUUUGACUAUUUCUUAUUGCUGUUGCAUUUUCGAGAAGGAACCUGUAGGCCUGCUGAUGGGAGUCGGCAAGAGCAAGCCUAAGGAGCCGGGUCAGCGCUCACUGAGUCUGGAUGGAACCAUUGGAACAGGCUUGGACAGCAUGCACCACCACCUCAGCCCAGCCCAGCAGACUCAGACCCCCAACAGAAGUCCCGCCGUAGGGGGCACGAGGCGUGGCCACCACCCCGGGCAUGCCCCCACCAACACCCCUGAGCUGGCACUGUUCGGCGGGGUGGACCACACGGGCAGCAUCAUCUCUCCUCACAGAGGACCACUGGCAGGAGGUGUCACUACAUUUGUGGCGCUCUAUGACUAUGAGUCACGGACUGCCUCGGACCUGACGUUCAAGAAAGGCGAGCGGCUGCAGAUCGUCAACAACACGAGAAAGUACAGUUUCAGGGAAGGGGACUGGUGGCUCGCUCGGUCUCUGACCACUGGAGAAAGCGGUUAUAUCCCCAGCAACUACGUGGCCCCCUCUGACUCCAUCCAGGCAGAAGAGUGGUAUUUUGGGAAGAUAACUCGGCGCAACUCGGAGAGGCUCCUUCUGAGUUUACAGAACCGACGAGGAACCUUCCUGGUCCGAGAGAGCGAAACCACUAAAGGAGCCUAUUGCCUGUCCGUGUUGGACUAUGACAACACUAAAGGCCUCAACGUCAAACACUACAAGAUACGCAAGCUAGACAGCGGCGGUUUCUAUAUCACCUCACGCACCCAGUUCAGCAGUCUGCAGCAACUGGUCUUCCACUAUCGCAAGCAUGCAGACGGGCUGUGCCACUGUCUGACGGAGGUGUGUCCCGUGCUGAAGCCUCAGACCCAGGGCCUGGCCCGCGAUGCCUGGGAAAUCCCACGGGAAUCGCUCCACCUCGACCUCAAACUGGGCCAGGGCUGUUUUGGAGAGGUCUGGAUGGGGAAGUGGAACGGUACAACGCGGGUGGCCAUCAAGACCCUGAAGACAGGCACCAUGUCCCCAGAGGCCUUCCUCCAGGAGGCGCAGGUCAUGAAGAAGCUGAGACACGAGAAACUGGUGCAGCUCUACGCUGUGGUGUCUGAGGAACCCAUCUACAUCGUCACUGAGUACAUGACCCAAGGUAGCCUUUUGGACUUCCUCAAAGGUGACACGGGCAAGCUGCUACGUCUACCCCAGCUAGUGGAUAUGGCAUCUCAGAUUGCAGCAGGGAUGGCAUACGUAGAGAGGAUGAACUACGUCCACAGAGACCUCAGGGCUGCCAACAUCCUCGUAGGAGACAACCUGGUGUGUAAAGUGGCCGACUUCGGCCUGGCCCGCCUCAUAGAGGACAACGAGUACACUGCCAGACAGGGAGCCAAGUUCCCCAUUAAGUGGACGGCGCCAGAGGCUGCCCUCUACGGCCGCUUCACCAUCAAGUCAGAUGUUUGGUCAUUUGGGGUACUGCUCACUGAACUCGCCACCAAAGGCAGAGUACCAUAUCCAGGCAUGGUGAACCGGGAGGUGCUGGAGCAGGUGGAGCGCGGAUACCGGAUGCCCUGUCCCGGCGAGUGCCCGAGCUCAAUGCACGAGCUCAUGCUCAUCUGCUGGAGGAAGGAUGCCGAGGAGAGGCCCACCUUCGAGUACCUCCAGGGCUUCCUGGAAGAUUACUUUACCUCCACCGAGCCCCAGUACCAGCCUGGGGAGAACCUAUAGGUCUCAGGGACAUCGGUCCCACCACGGGACCACAUGGGUGGACUUGCCCACCCCUGCUCACUUUAAACACUGAUCAAGGGACAGUUUUGCAUUAUUUCCUCCCUGUAAUGGACAAUGGUUAAGGAUGGUUUAGGAUUGGGGAGAGAGGAUAAGCUGAUCCUAGAUCUUUGGUUAUGAGGGGCUUCUAACCUGGAGCUUUUGGGGGAAGUGGGAAGCGUUGGUAAUAACUGAUCCCAAGACAGUAGCAUUUUCUCCACUAAUAGUUAAGGUUAGGAUUGGGGGAGAGGAAGCUCGUCCUAAAUCUGUAGCUAGGGGAGAACCCUAAGGGAGGACGGAGGAUAGUGAGAUGGGGCAUGACCAUUGUUUUGACCCUCCCUCUCUGUCCUAGUACCCUUCUUCUCAAAGGCUCUGUCCGGAUUCCUUCACGUGCACUACCUGUCAAGCAUUGGCUAGACUAGAGGAAGUCUCCCCCAUUGUUGAAAUCUGUUUGGAGAAUCUAGAUGCAGCCAUAGCGCCACAGCAUCUGUCCUCUCCACCUCCUCUUUUUGCAGAGCACUGCCAACGUGGCAUUGUGUAAGCCAAAUGGCACCCUAUUCCUUAUACAGUGCACUACUCUUGAUCAGAGCCCUAUAGACCCUCGUCAAAAGUAGUACACUAGGGCUCUGGUACACUAGUAGGUAAUACGGUGCCAUUUUAGGACUCAGCCUCUGUGUGUGUGUGUGUGUGUGUGUGUGUGCGUGCGUGCGUGCGUGCGUGCGUGUGUGUUUCGCUCUGUCUGUCCCUCUAUCUCUUUGUUUAUCUCUUUGUUUAUCUAUCUCUCUCUCUCUCUCUCUUCCUAUUUCCUCCUCUCUAUAUCUCUCCAGUAUUCUCAAGUGCUGCUUACUCCAGGUCAUCAGGUGUCUCCAAAACAAAUGUCAAUUUUUUUUUUUUAAGGUUUUUCUUUGUUUGUCUUCUUUUUUGUUGUUUUUUACGGAUUCUAUUUUCUUCCUGUGUCCAUGUCAAUAAAACUGUAAGUUGUAAAGCUCCCA